AUGGACAACCAGUACAACAAUGCAGAACCCCCCGCUUCAUACCCACCGAACGUGCCUAGUCACGCCACUCAACCCAAUCAACCCAAUCAACCAAAUCAGCUAAUUCAACCCAGUCAACCCAAUCAGCUGAACCAACUGGACCAAAAUGGCAUAAACAAGCAGAUGUACGACUACUAUUACUACAACAGUAACCCCGGUGGGUCUAUGGGCAACAAGACGGGUUAUAACAAUAUGCAGGGGGACGUACCCUUCGACGGAAACUAUGCCCUCAAUUACGGAUACAUGGACCCGUCCUUCUAUCACAUGAACAGUGGAAUGCACCCCAUGGGUAGUAUGAUGAACCCAUACAGUAACGCCAUGAGUAGGUUCCCAAGCAGAAUGGAAGAACACCCAAAUAGCAGCUACAGAUAUAGCAAUUUAGACCAUACCUAUAGGGGGGGUAUGAAAUAUAAGCUAGGUGCAAACAAUGCAUCUAGUAGCUCCUUCCAUUCAUCUCUAACAAAUUACAACAAUGAAGAAAAAAAAAAUAUCCUAGAAAUGACAAACACUACAACGUACAAUGUAAAUACGUUACUCAGAAAUAAUAUUUUAUCGUCCGAAUAUUUCAGAUCGCUAGUUCCACUGAAAACCUUUAAGGAGGUCGUAGAAGAAAUUCACUUAUAUGCGGACCAUGUGGAACCCUACUGCAUUGGAAGUACAAGGGCCCCGUCGACUCUUUUUUGCUGCCUCUACAAGUUGUUUACCAUGCAUUUGUCGGAGAAGCAGAUGAAGGUGCUGAUCGAAAGUCGUGAAUCCUGCUACAUACGAGCCUGCGGAUUUUUGUAUUUGAGAUAUGUCCACUCGCCUGCCAAUCUUUGGAUGUGGUUUGAACCCUACCUCCUGGAUGAAGAUGAGUUUAUCACAUCAGCUGACAAACGGAAGAAGCAGACGAUAGGCGAGUACGUUCAGUGCCUCCUGGCGGAGGAUAAGUAUUUCAACACAGUUCUGCCUAGAAUGCCCAUAAAAAUAAAAAACACCUAUGGCGCACGACUGAUGUUGAUGAGUGACCAUAGGAGGAGACUCAGAAAGAACAAGGAAAAGAUGCACAAAUUUGUGAAAGGAGAACCCAUUAUGGCCUAUGUCAACGGAGAGUGGGAGAAGGGCGAAAUAGGAGGCAUCGUGAAUCACGGGAAGGAGAAGAUUUUCGUUCGAAUCAGAAAAAUCGAUGGGAACGAAAAGCUCGUUAAUAUGGGCUACGUGAAGCUAGACUCGGAGGACCCCCACAGGGAAGGGGAUACAGAAAGUGCUGCGGAUGCCACCGAAAGGAGCCGAGUCAGAAAUGAGAAAACGCACAGAAGGAGUAGUAGAAGUAGGAGCGGCAAAAGAAGGAGGCGAAGAAGCAGAAGUAGAAGUAGGGGAAGAAGGAGCAGAAGCAGGAGCAGAAGCAGAAGUCGGCAUAGAGGUAGACACAAGGAUAGGAGUCGUGAUCGGGAUAGAAGUCGAGAUCGGAAUAGAAGUAGAAGUCACGACCGGGAUAGACGCAGAAAGAGACGAACGAGCGAAGAACGGAACGAUAAGAAACACUCCUCACACGACAAAUCGCAUAGAGACCAUCGUGAUAGGUCACUCACGAAACGCGGAAGAACAUCCUACGAAGAUUCGCACAGGAAAAGGGACGAAUCAGCAUCCAGAUCGUCUAGGUCAUACAGUUCUAGAGAAGAUGAUAAAGCAUACAGAAAAGACAAGUACGAAAUUAAUGAAAACGAAUUAAUUAACAAGUAUAGAAAAAUAGAAAGCCAAAAGGCACUCGCUACUGGAAAGGAUUAUGCUCGAAGACCGACGUCAUAUAAAUCCUCCCUAACGAUAAAGGUAGAGAAUAUUCAAACAAGAAGGAAGUCCAUUUCGAGGUCUCCAAAAAGAAUAGACAAAACAGUGAGUCAUUCGCAGAAGGAUGAAAAGGGCACUGAAAAUGCUGCGAUGGAAAACUCCAAAUUGAUGCAGCUAAUGCAAAAGUAUAACAAAGAGGAUGAUGGUGAGACGAGGAGCAAAAUGAACUCUGGCGAUAUGGAUGAAAUGGAUGUCAUGACGUUGGGGUAA